AUGAAGCUGGGUCGCCUGGGAGCCGCGACGCCGUUGCAGUCGGCCCCGUGGCGCGUGCGCCACUCGAUUUAUGCUGACUCCGGUCGACUCCCGCACCAGGACACCAUCGGGUCAACCAUCUGGUAUUGCCGUAUUGACGAUACGAUGAAUUUGUGUCGGCGGCUAAUGCGUGGGUGGACGUCCGAGAACAAUGAAAGCGGCCCGUUCUGCGUCCAGUGGUACCAGGACCGCAUACGUACUCGCGCGUUGGUCGCUGAUGCCACGGCCGUCGCUGUUCGGCAUUAUUUUCGUUACGAUCGGUUACGUACGUCGCGGACGAACAGCGCUCGCGGGCAUGGCGUGGAUGUACACUAUCACUACACGUUCCCUAAAAGUGGUUCACUUAUAAUAGUGUUAUAG